AUGCUGGCUCGUCGCGACCAGGAAAACCUGGUGAACACCCACCAGACCACCGCUGCGGCCAAACCCUUGAACCAGGGACUCAAACAGCUCGCCCCCAAGACUCCCGGCAAGAAAGUGCCGCUGAACGACGAGAACCACCCUGGUGCAUUUAAGAAACUCACCGUCAAGGGAAAUGGAAACCGUCAGGAUAAUGGGAAGCCGGGCAACAAUGCGUUUGUUACGCCGAUGGAACCUCGAAACCGAGCCCCACUGGGCAUGAAAGAUACCAACACCAAAGCCAGAGCUCCUCAGACACCCGCUCCCUUCGGUGGAACCUUGAAGCCGAAAACCAACCGGAGGACCUCGACCGCCCAGAGACCGAAGAAGGCUGCACCCGUUACCCAGCAGGCCCAAACAAAGGUUUUUACGGAGCCGGUCCAGGAUGAUGUGCCCGACAUCGAGUACAUGCCCCCGAAGCCGACAGACCUCCCAGACAUCCCAGACGAUGUUACAUACGAUACAACUUUCCCCCAAUUCCAACCAAGAAACCGAGCCCUGGGCCUGGAGAGUGUUUAUGGGAAGCAAGAAGUCGGCAGCGAUGGCCUCACGAAGAAGCAGCGCAAGUUCCAAGAGGACUCCGUGAAGGCCGAUAAGUUUGCCAACGAGAUGAUCAUGAAGCAACUGGAGAGCGUUGGAUUCAAUGAUCCCAGCGAGGACGAGAUAGCUCCCACAUCCAAGCCACAGCAGCGUAGUCUUCGUGCGAAGACGCCCUCGACAAGCACCAGACCCACUCGAAACAUCUCCACACUUCGAUCCCGUGAGGCCGCAACUGCCCUUUCUGCCCCCAAGCCAAGGACUGCUUCAGCCAGGCCUGCUGCGGUUCCUAAGUCUCGUUUGGCAUCGGCUUCCUCCGUGCUUAUGCCCAAAAAGACUCGCGUCCCGUCUAACCCAUCGUCGAUGCGCAACACUGCUGCUGCUGUCACGUCCAACACCACGAUGGGAUAUUCGAAAGGCCGAAGCGUGUCCUCUACUCUGCGUGAGAAGACUGUUGAGCAGCCCUCGAGCACUUCCGGUACACUCUCUCCCGAGACUUACAUGCAGCUCUACGGACCUCCCCCGCUGGGAUCCGAUAUGUGGUCCCGUUGCAAGGCUGCUGGCUGCUUUGAUUCUCCAAGUGAGAGUGCUACCUCUCCGGAGCUCGAGGAGCCCCUGCCGACGUUUGAGGAAGACGAAGAGGCAGCGAGCUUCCAGCUCACGCUGUAG